CGAGCCCGUUCUUUGUGCGCCGCUCUCUUCUCUGUUCGGCAGCCGAAAGACACGUACGCUCCGAGUGUUGCUGGAGCGAACUCCGCACCACAGUGUGUUCGAGCUAGUAACGUUUGUCGCAACGCCGUGCUUCAACAUCGUGUACUAAAUCGAUAAAUAGCACAAUGGCUGAUCAAGAGAAUAAGGACUUCAGCGAAGAUAUCGCCGAUCAAAGUUUCGAGCAGAAUGGUGAGGCGGAAAACUGCAGCGGCAACGACAAUGGCAACGGCGGCAAUGGUAACGGCAGCAUCGGUGCCGGCAUGGGCGACGGCGAUGCAGCGGACAAUGGUCAGGAGUCGCAGGAGGACAGGUCGGCGAGCGGUAACCAGGACUCUCUGAACGAUAGGAAGUUAUUUGUCGGUGGUCUAAGCUGGGAAACAACUGAUAAGGAAUUGAGGGAACAUUUUAGCUCGUACGGCGAUAUCGAGAGUAUUAAUGUCAAGACAGACCCCAACACAGGACGAUCGAGAGGAUUCGCAUUUAUCGUCUUUGCUAAGGCUGAAUCUCUCGACAAGAUUAUGGCAGCCGGUGACCACGUGAUUAAUAAUAAGAAAGUUGAUCCUAAAAAGGCGAAAGCCCGACACGGUAAAAUAUUUGUCGGCGGUCUUUCGACAGAACUUUCCGACGAUGACAUCAAGAACUUCUUUUCACAGUUUGGAACCAUCGUUGAAGUGGAAAUGCCUUUCGACAAAACUAAGAAUCAGAGGAAAGGAUUCUGCUUCAUCACCUUCGAAUCUGAACAAGUUGUCAAUGAACUGCUCAAAACCUCGAAACAGACGAUAAACGGUAAAGAGGUUGAUGUGAAGAAGGCAACACCCAAACCCGACGGUAUGGGUGGUAUGCGUGGCGGGCCGGGCGGUCGCGGCGGUCGCGGCGGCAGAGGUGGCCGAGGUCGCGGAUUCGGCGGUCAAGGCGGCUGGGGCCAGGGAGGCUACGGCGGUGGAUACGGAGGUGGAUACGGCCAAGGUGGAUACGGCGGUGGUUACGAUGGAUAUGGUGGAUACGAUUAUUAUGGUGGUGGUGGGUACGGAGGCUACGGCGGCUACGACUAUAGUGGAUAUGAUGGAUAUGGCUAUGGCGGUAGUUACGACAGUGGCUACAGUGGUGGGCGCGGCGGCACACGUGGUAAAGGAGGUUCGGGUUACGGUGGCAAGCAGAGGGGAAGUGGUCGUCAGAACCAGAGGCAUCAACCCUAUUAAUAGAGAUUAUUCUCACUUGCGCGAUUGUAACGCGCAAUUCGCGUUGUAACCACUGCUCUUCUGCGGAUCAUCUUGAUUCAUAUGCAGGCCCGUAUCGUGUAUCUCUCAUGAAUAUAUAUAUUAAUAGAUUAUUUUAAUUCCGUCUAUAUAAAAUUACAUGUAACGACAAAAAUGUCCACGCUGGAAGGAUCAGCAGUCGGUGUACUUUUCAUAUGUCAUGCAAAACUCGUCUCUUCUCAAUAUUUUCGCACGACAUGUGUGAAAGGUAUCUCAUCUGUUGAUUCAUCCAAGGUAGUUUCCUUAUCGCGCGUGUGUGUGCGUAUGUAUGAUGUAUGUAUGUGCGUGCGUGCGUGCGCGCGCGCGCGCGCGC